UUGGCUUAUGUCAGUGUGUUAUGUGUGUAUAUAUUCAAAUGCUAUUCGCGUAAAAUUUUACUGAAUUUGCAGUAGAUUGUUUCAAGUGAAUUGUUUGUAGCGAACAGUUUGCGAAGAAUUUCUCAAAAAUGGGACGCCGUUCGAUUAAUACCACAAAAAGUGGGAAAUACAUGAAUCCCACUGAUCAAGCACGAAAAGAAGCUCGUAAAAAGGAAUUGAAAAAGAACAAAAAACAACGUCAAUUGGUAAGAGCAGCUGUUUUAAAAGGCAAAGAUCCUGCACAGAUUAUUGAAGAAAUGGAAAAAAUAGAUCAGAUGGAGUACAAUGUAAUGCAACCUCCUCCCUUAAAUGAAAAAGUAUUGAAGGACAAAAGAAAAAAACUUAAGGAGACAUUAGACCGUGUCUUAAAAAUGUAUGCAAAAGAUGACCAGGAAAAAUGGGCGGAAUUGAAAGAGCAAUUGAUACAAUAUGAACGUAGAAGAAUAGAUUUGGUUUCUUACUUUGAAGCUGUAAGACAUGCACAACAAGUACAAGUUGAUGAAAUUCCAUUGCCAUCAGCUGCUAGUGACAUAUCUAGGAUAUAUGCUGGAUCCUUGCCAUCACAGAUUCCAUUACCGGAUAUGCCACAACCACCUGCACACAUAUAUCCACCUCAUCCUCAUUACAUAUCGCAACAUCAUCCUUUAAUGAACAUUCCAAUACCGCCAAGCAUUUUGAAAAAAACCAGUGCAUAUGCAGCUUCUUCUUCCGUGCCUACAUUGGCUCCCAACAAAGAGCCACCUGGUGUUCCACCAUUUCCACCUCCUGAAUUAUCCAGCGAUGAUGAGGAUAUGUCUGAGAGUGUUAAAGAUCCUCCGACAAAAUCAAGAACAAUACGAUUUGCUGAUGACAAGGAGGAGGAGAACAAACAAGAGUCAGAAAAUAAGGAGAAAGACACUGAAAAAGAGAAGGAAAAGGAACGAGAUAUGGCAAAAGUCAAACCAACUACGUUGCAGCAGAAAAUGUUGGCAAUGGCGGGGCAGGACAUUGAUCAGUUUAUGCGGGAAAUGGAGGUUGUUCAUAAGAAGAGAGAGACUGAACGUGCUCAGGAUCUUAACGCGCGCUUAUCGCUGCUCGAAGCGGAGAAUGAUUCUAAUGCUAAAUCCAACAAUAACAAAUCUAAUAACAAAGCAGAUGACGAAGAACCGGAACCACCUGGAGCGUCGGAUCAUCUUGCCGGACAUGGACAACACACAUCUCAUUCCCAGCAUACGCAACAGCACACAAUGCCGCCGAUGGGUAUACCCCCGCCAUCUUUACUUUAUCGGCCACCUCCGCCGCCAUUGCAUCUUAGAAUGCCGCCGCCGCCUCCACCACGUAUCGGGCUUCGAUUACCACCUGGUCCUCCACCUGGAAUGCCAAGAAUACUGAGACCCGGACCUUCAGCCAUACCUAGAAUGCCUCCCCCAUCGCAAAUGCAAAUGUCGAAUAUACCGAACAUAACGAAUCCACAGAUGCAAACGCAGCCUGGAACAACCGCGCAACCAAAGACCCCCAAUGUUCUUUCCGCUGCGCCGCAAUUGAUCAACAGGAAGGAUAAGGACGGGAAAAGUAGCACCACUAUCGAGGCAAAGCCGCAAAUUAGAAAUCUGGCCGCUGAUGUUACGAGAUUUUUACCAACGUCUUUACGCGUAAAGAGAGACGACAAAAAGAAAUCUAGCAAUAUUCCUAGAAUUAUCGAACGAUUACCGGAAGCGCAACCGGUUAGAACUGCGCAACCGAAAACGAAAGACGAUGCAUACAUGCAAUUUAUGCAAGAAAUGGAAGGAUUACUUUGAAUCUGCAAAAGUAUAUUCUCUUUUUUAAUGGAAAUGAUCGCUAUAAAUAUCUUGUAUAAUAAUUGUGAGAUUUAUGACAUUUUUGUUAUUUAACAUUAAAACGAUGUCUUUAAAUAUAUAAACACAAACUGAUGCAAAUUUCUAAUUGAGUAUAUAACAUGUUAAACAAAAAUCACUUUUACAUAUGAUUAAAUAACAAGUAAAUAUUAAGUUGUGACUAAUGAAUUUUAAAUUUUUUUAAUUGUGCGUUUUAAUCUAAUUUUUAAUUACGUAAGAUAAGCUAUAGUCUUUUCAAUGAGAGAAAGGUCCGCGAACCGACGCAAAUUCGUCCGUUCUGCGAAUUGCCCCUUCGACGGGACGCGGAAAAAGCCCCCCAUUCUGCUCACUAUUCCACCCCUAUGCGAAGACCGCGGACCUUUCUCUCAUUGAAAAGACAAUAAUUAUAUUGGCACAGAAAGCGUUACGCAUGACAAAAAACGAAAAGCCAAUCAAAUUUGUUUUCAUAAAAAUGUAGCCACAUUGGCGUUAUCGCGUGCGUUUUCAAAAAAUCAAAGUUAUGACAUCAGUUCUACAAGC